GCGCCACGCGCAGGCGCAAAAGGAACUCGCAGUCUAGUGCUGCUGGUGCUGGAGUCCGGAAGCUAACGGCGUUGCCUAGGCUGGAUUGCAGCGGUGCGAUCAGGACUCAUUGCAUCCUCAACCUCCCCGACUCAAGCAGUCCUCCCACCUCAGCCUCCUGAGUAGCAAGGCUACAGAUUUCACUAGAGAAGCCAUCUGGGCCUGAAAAUCCUUAUAAUUAAGAAUGUUUUCAAACACAGAGACCUGGGGGAUUUUAGAAUAGGGCUUUCAAGGUAAUGAAGGAAGAGAAUCUUCUUUGGACUUCUUUUUGCUCCAGAUGUGGAGAAGGCAACUUCCCGGAGUCUCUACCAGUGAGAAGGCUACAGAAUCACGGGCAGAUAAGGUCUGGCUCUGUGGCCAUAGCUCACUGCAGCCUCAAAUUCCUGCGCUCAAGUAAUCCUCCCACCUCAGCUUCCCAAGUAGAUGGGAAUACAGCGAUGGGGUCUCACUGUGUUGCCCAGGCUGGUCUCAAACUACAGUGGCUCAAACAAUCCUUCCAGUACUGCCUCCCGAGGUGCUGGGAUUAUAAGCGUGAGCCACAGCACCUGGCCACAGAGUACAUUUUAAAUGUCUUAAUAAAACGUGACAGGAGAUGUCACCUUCUAUGUAAUAUCACUUGGAUACUGAAACUUCUCCAUGAACUGGAAGAAUGUAUGCUUCACUGUGCUUUCUUAUCGGUAAAAUGAGUUGGUUAAACAAGAUCAAGCGGUGCCAGCCCAAAAGCCUUCAAGGAGCAGGCAAGUGACAUGAGAGAGUGAAUAGACCAGGUGCAACACAAAAGUGAGUAAUGGAACUACAACAAUUGGAGCUGCACAAGCUGCUUCAAGGAGGCACCAGCCUGUUAUUGUCAUGGGGAGAAAUGGGCACAGUGUUGCCAGAUCUUUUGACUUUUCAAAAGAAGUUGAUACCUGUUUAUUAUAAAGAAUUUGCUGCUCAAGUAAUUACAGAGGCUGAGAAGUCCCAUGAUCUGCUGCCUGCACGCUGGAAACACAGGGAGUUGGUGCUGUUGUUCUGAGAACUGGAGGGUCAAUGGCACAAUUUCUAGUUGAAGGCAGAGGAGUGAUGUCUCAGCACAAGCUGUCAGGCAGAGAGAGAAUAAAUUCUCCCUUCCUCCACCUUUUUGUUCUAUUCAGGCCCUCACUGGAUUGGAUGAAGCUCACUCACAUUGGGCAGGGUCACCUUCUUCACCUAGUCCACCAAUUUAAAUUUUGAUAUAAUCUGGAAACACUCUCAAAGACACACACAGAAAUAAUGUUUAAUCUGGGAACCCUGUUUCCCAGUUCAGUGGAAACCAUCACAAUACAUUUGCUUUUAUAAAUAAUGAGUUAUCCAAGUGGGCCUGAUAUAAUCAUGUGAGUCCUUAACAGCAGAGAGCUUUUUCCAGCUGGAGGCUGAAAGAGAAGUUGGAGGGAUUUGAAGUGUGAGUCCUGAAUAAACCCUGGCUGCUACAAAGAUGGAGGGCCCUAUAGAAAGAAUGAAGGGGAAUAUGCGCAGCCUAUAGGAGCAGAGAGAACCCCUGACUGGCAGCCAGCAGGGAAAUGGGGACCUUAUUCCAACAACCAGUAAUCUAAGAUAAAUAAUUUGGCAACAACCUGGGUGAGUUUGGGAGUAAUUUCUUCCCCAGAGUCCCUAGAUGAGAUCCCUGCCUGGCCAGCAAGACCCACUUUCUCCCGUGAGACCCUAAGCAGAGAACCAAGUUACAAUGUACUAGGACUCCGACUUACAGACGCUGUGAGAUAACAAAUUUGUUAUUUAAGCUUGUAAGUUUAUGGUAAUUUGUUACACAACAACAGACAACUAAUAUUCCCUGCUGUUGUGCUUCUUUGGUGCCUCUGCCCUCCUCCAAACACUGAGGGCAGGCAAAACUGCCAAGUAAUCUAUUAAAGUAUUCUAAUUUAGAAUUGCAAUAUUGCUUUACUUGAAGAGAACGGAGAAGAGUCUAUCACAGAGUUUUCCAUAAUCAGUUACAAGUACCUGAACUCCCUAAAUCAGCACAUUAUGCCCUAAACUCACUCAAUGACACAAUAGGUUGUUGGGUUGAUGGAUAAAUUCUGAAAAUUUGAUUCAAACUCACACCUUCCUGAGUUAAAUUGUCCAUUUCUUUUCUCUUAGGGUAUCUUCAAAACAGCUUAUUGAGAUAAGCAAGGCAGGAGUUUAUUACCCCAAUAUUAAAGAUGAGGAAAUUGAGGUCCUGAGGGAACCUGGAGGCUCUCCCACAGUCGAUCACUGAGAGUCUGACACAAGCUGCACUCAAAAAUGCUGCUAUGAAAGGUUACGAGUGUCAGUUACAUGCAUUUUACAAUUUGUUAUGGAUGUUUUUGUACAUGUUAAUUUGUUUCAUUAUCAGGUAUUAUUAUUAAGAUAAUUUCUAUUUGGAAGUAAGGAAGCAAUGUUAGAGAGUUUAUAUAAUUUAUCCAAAAUCACAGCAGCUAGUAACUAUGAGAGCUCACCUUAAAAAUCUGUCCAAUGCCUAGCCUUCCCUUUACCUGAAAUAGCGAAAGACCUAUUAGGGUGUUAGAUCAAGCCCCAAAUAAUUUGUAUCCUUCUUAAUUUGGCCAGGCGGGCAAAUCAAGACAGCUUAAUUCUGUUUGAUGGUAGGCUUCCUUCCCACUUUACCAUGUCUGAUAUUAAAAGCUUUGCUUAUGAUUUUC